ACUUCGCGCCUGAAGGGCGUUGGGCGGCGUGGCCUCCUUCCCGCAGAGGCGCUCUGCUCGGGUCUCCAGACCUCUUUGACGCAGGCGCGAGUGGGGGCGGGGCGGAGCCGAGCCUUCGGAGCUCCGCCCCCAGGGGAGACGGCCGAGGCCGGGGGCGUGUCCUGGGCGGGGCCGCUCCCCGGCCCGCCCGGUCGCGGAGUGGUGGCAGCGCUGGGAGGGCCCGGCCCCGGCAUGCCACACCCAACCCAGCUGUACCAGCAUGUGCCGGAGUCACGCUGGCCCAUCGUGUACUCGCCGCGCUACAACAUAACCUUCCUGGGCCUGGAGAAGCUGCACCCCUUUGAUGCAGGAAAAUGGGGCAAAGUGAUCAGCUUCCUAAAAGAAGAGAAACUUCUAUCAGACAGCAUGCUGGUGGAGGCACGGGAGGCCUCGGACGAAGACCUGCUGGUGGUGCACACAAGACGCUAUCUCAACGAGCUGAAGUGGUCCUUUGCUGUCGCAACCAUCACAGAAAUCCCCCCUGUCAUCUUCCUGCCCAACUUCCUGGUACAGAGGAAGGUGCUGAAGCCCCUCCGGACCCAGACGGGAGGAACCAUAAUGGCGGGGAAGCUGGCCGUGGAGCGAGGCUGGGCCAUCAACAUAGGCGGCGGCUUCCACCACUGCUCCAGCGACCGGGGCGGGGGCUUCUGCGCCUACGCAGACAUCACGCUCGCCAUCAAGUUUCUGUUUGAGCGAGUGGAGGGUGUCUCCAGAGCCACCAUCGUUGAUCUCGAUGCCCAUCAGGGCAACGGGCACGAGCGGGACUUCAUGGGCGACAAGCGUGUGUACAUCAUGGACGUUUACAACCGCCACAUCUACCCCGGGGACCGCUUUGCCAAGCAGGCCAUCAGGCGGAAGGUGGAGCUGGACUGGGGCACGGAGGAUGACGAGUACCUGAGGACGGUGGAGAGGAACCUGGAGAAAGCCCUCCAGGAGCACCCGCCCGACGUGGUGGUGUACAACGCGGGCACUGACGUCCUGGAGGGGGACCGCCUCGGGGGGCUGGCCAUCAGUCCGCAGGGUGUCGUGAAGCGGGAUGAGCUGGUGUUCCGGCUGGUCCGAGGCCACCAGGUGCCCAUCCUCAUGGUGACCUCGGGCGGGUACCAGAAGCGUACAGCCCGCAUCAUUGCCGACUCCAUCCUUAAUUUGUAUGGCCAGGGGCUCAUCGGGCCCCAGUCAGCCAACGUCUCAGCACAGAACUCAGACGCACCCCUGCUGCCCCUGGAGGUGCCCUGACCACACUGCCCUCUGCCUGCCGCCCACCUGCCCGCCCGUCCACCUGCCCCUCAGUGCUCCUCCUUUUCCAAAUGAGGGGGGGACCUCGCGCGCAGCUGCACUCUCCCCACUGGGUGUCGCGGUCUCCGGGCCCUUCUGUGGGUGGGGGCGGAGGGCAGGGCCCGAGUCCCAGCAGGACCCACACGGUCACGGUCACGGCCUGACCAGGCCCUGAGGAGGCGGCAGUUCUCCCAGGAGGGAGGAGGGCAGCUGAAGCUCCCAGGUGCAGGGAGGGCCCCCGGGGGGUGUGUUCUUGUUUUCAAAACAGUGCGACCGUUUCAGACCAAGGAAGCUUCCACCUCUUCCACAGUUGGGCCCCCUCCCUCCUCUUCUGCACCCUCACCUCCUCCCUUCAGGGGUGGGAGACCUGAGCGGGGCUGGAGCCAGGCGUCUGGGAUCCCUGGAUUCCCAGCCAGCAGGCAGGGGCCCUGGUCCUGGAUGUGAGGGCGCGGCAGGGAAGGGGAUGCAGGUGGGUUUUCCCAUCUGGCUUCUCCUUCAAUAAAGCGAGGGCUGGACCUGCUGUCCCAGAGCCCUGCCCUGGUGGGGAGGGGCGGGGAGGCCUGAGGAGCCCCAAACCCCUGCUUCAGCAGCAUCUUGCCCGUCCAGGGAGAGCGCCGGGUUUGGGGAAAAGAACGCUUGGCUCAGGGACAGGCCUUAGCUCUGGAGGCUUGAGGGACAGAGGAAGGUGAGGCCUGGACCAGGUAAUUGGGGAGGGACAGGUGGCCAAGCUGGGUCCCGCAGGCCCCGAGGCCCAGGUGGGGACUGAGGCGCUGGCGAGGCCAGGCUGGCGUUGCUGGAGGGGACCAGAGGGUCUCCAUCAUCCCGGCCUGCGGGCUGUACGCGUAGGGGCUGGGGCGGGGCCCCGGCGGGAGCUGCAGCCUCCACUGGGCUCGUCCGAAAUGCCAGGCCCUGAUGUGCUCUGCCCAGGUGGGCCCUGACCUUGUCGUCAGCUCUACUCUGAAGGGGAUGCUUAGGACCCCCAGGAAGCUGGGGGUUGGGGGGAGAGUCCACUGCUCCGUUGCCUGGGUGUGUUCUUAGUGGUCAAAGCGGGUGGGGAGGGAAACAGGGCCGUCCCUGAUCAACCCCCCCACCCCCCACGGGACUUGUGCUCAUUGCCAUCUGGGGGUCUCCUGAAUUCUCCUACCUUCUCCCUCACACCCCCCUCGCCGCUCCCUCUGCUGGAGGGGGCGGGGCAGGAAGGGUUCCAAGAUCACCAAGCGUCAAACACGCUGAACUCCCGGACCAGACCCGAGGCACUAAUUACGGCUUGGACGCCCCAACUGCCCCGCCCCUGCCCCGCCCCUGCCCUUGGUCCCUGCAACGAGAACUCGAGGCACCUAACACCACCUGACCUCCAACACGGCCUGCAGCCUUGGGGGGCAGGUGGCGACGGGCUUGUCACCACGGAGCCUCCGCUCCAGAGAACCAUAAAGGCUCUUUUGAUCCGA